GAAAACAGCAAAAGCCCUAGAUAACAUUUUGACAGGAAUAUAAAACGUUACCAAAGCUCCGUUGUAUCCUUUUGGUCGUCGUUGCUUCCUCUACCAUCUCCUCUCCGCCGCACAGAUCCAAGACAAAACGAAAAGAUGGUGACGGCCAAGAAAACGAAGAAGUCACACGAGGGAAUCAACAGUAGGUUGGCACUUGUGAUGAAGAGUGGCAAAUACACUCUUGGUUACAAGUCUGUCCUCAAGUCUCUAAGAGGCUCCAAAGGGAAGCUGAUUCUCAUCUCCUCGAAUUGCCCACCGUUGAGGAGAUCUGAGAUUGAGUACUACGCUAUGCUUGCCAAAGUUGGUGUUCACCACUACAAUGGAAACAACGUUGAUUUGGGAACGGCUUGUGGGAAGUACUUCCGUGUUUCUUGUCUGAGCAUCGUUGAUCCUGGUGAUUCUGACAUUAUCAAGAGCAUUCCUGGUGACCAGUGAUUGCCAUUUUCCGAUUUUGUUUUUCUUCCAACGUUUAUCUAUUUAUGUAUUCGAGCUUCUCUCAACUUUUAUGAGCAAAAAGACUAUGUUUAGAUAUUUUGUUAUAGUUUUCAAUGAAAAUUUUCUUUUGCUCAAAGAUAAUUAAAUUAAUACUUUCUCUGUUCA